AUGGAAGGAUUGUCUAGUGGUCAGGUGCUACAAGCUGCUGAAAUACUUAUGGGCGAGCCGCCUAAAUUAAAGAUCUUUUACCAUGCCGAUGCAGAGUUGAGAAAAGAAUAUAUUCAUCGUCUUUUAUUAGCUAAAAUGAAUGAUGAUGAAAAUGAACAUGUUCAGCCUCAAGUAAGCCAAUUUGUGCAAGUGGAACCUCAAAUAGUCCCUAAUGUUGCAGUGGAACCUGAAAAUGUUGUAAAUUUUGAACAUUAUCUUGGCUUGCGUCGCCAAAUACGCGAGUAUCCAAAGGAACAAUGGAAUGAAGUUUGUCGAGAAUAUCUCAAGAUUGGGCCAUAUCGGUGGAGUCUUAAACGUGAUGAUUAUCCACUAACCAAAGCUGAAGGAGAUAAGCCGAAUCGAAGAUUUAACCCUUCAUGGUAUGAAAGAUUUCUUGAAUAUGCUCCAUCAAAAGAUCGAGCUUAUUGUUUACCAUGUUUUUUUUUUGGAAAAAAUCCACCAAGAAGUGAAACAUAUACGGUGAAGGGGUUUAAAAAUUGGAAGAGAAUUUCAUCUGCAAAAGAAUGUUCUUUUUCACAACAUGUAGGAGUUCCUUGCUCACAACAUAAUAUUGCGGUGAGCUCCUGUGAAAAUUUGAUGAAGCCUUCUCAACAAAUUGACAAUGUAAUGCGAGUACGAUAUCAGGAAGAAGUUCUAAGGAACCGUUUGCAUGUUGAGGCAAUAAUUAGAUGUGUUCGUUGGCUGGCAUUACAAGGAUGUGCAUUCAUAGGUAAUAAUGAAUCUCUUAGCUCAGAAAAUUGUGGAAACUUCAUUGAAUUGCUAAAGUUUAUGGGAGAGUUAAAUAAUGAUAUUGGCUUGGCUAUUAGGGGAAAUGCUCCAAGGAAUGCCACUUAUACUAGUCCCCUCAUUCAGAAGCAAGCUUUACAUCUCCUAGCUAAUAGUGUGAGAAAUCAAAUACGUAAAGAGAUUGGAAAUGCAAAAUUUUGCAUUCUUGUUGAUGAAGCCCGAGAUAGUUCUACUGAAGAACAAAAGGGGAUUAUUAUUAGAUCAUUGAUGAUAGUGGUCUAG